AAAGAAAGAAAGAAAAAAAGAUACUUGAAAAAAGAAAGAAAUAAAGAAAGAAAGAAAGAAAGAAAGAAAGAUAUAAAGAAAGAAAGAAAGAAAGACAGAUACUUGAAGAAAGAAAGAAAAAAGAUACUUGAAGAAAGAAAGAUACUUAAAGAAAGAAAGAAAAAGAAAGAUACGCGAAAAGAAAAAAGAAAAGAAAGAUACUUGAAGAAAGAAAGAAAGAAAGAUACUUGAAGAAAGAAAGAAAAAAGAUACUUGAAGAAAGAAAGAUACUUAAAGAAAGAAAGAAAAAAAAGAAAGAUACUUGAAGAAAGAAUGAAAAAAGAAAAAAGAAAGAAAGAAAGAUACCUGAAGAAGGAAAGAAAGAAAGAAAAAAAGAUACUUGAAAAAAGAAAGAAAGAAAGAAAGAAAGAUAGAAAGAAAGAAAGAAAGAAAGAAAGACAGAUACUUGAAGAAAGAAAGAAAAAAGUUGAAGAAAGAAAGAAAGAAAGAAAGAAAGAAAGUAAGAAAGAAAGAAAGAAAUAAAGAUACUUGAAGAAAGAAAGAAAGAAAGAAAGAAAGAUACUUAAAGAAAGAAAGAAAAAAAAUACUUGAAGAAAGAAAGAAAAAAGAAAGAUACGCGAGUAA